AUGACCUAUAAACGAAAGAAAUAUCAUCAAGGUGAUACUCAUUUAAAAAAGCGAUGGAGAGUAAGAAAUAGAAAAAAAGAUCUUGAUGAAAUCGACAAUGAUUUGAAGGAAGACAAUGCCGAGAAAUUAUUGAAUCAAAACGUAGAUUUAGAUUUACCAGGUGCAGCGCAACAUUACUGCCUUCAUUGUGCUCGCUAUUUUAUUGAUGAAAAAGCUCUUACGGAACAUUUUAAGACAAAAGUACAUAAAAGGAGGUUAAAAGCUCUAGAAUUAGAACCUUAUAGUAUAGAAGAGUCGGAACGUGCCGCUGGACACGGCAAUUUUAAAGUUCCAAAUAAAAGGAAAAUUGUGACACAAAAUUCUAAAGAUUUGCUAGAUCAAGAUGGUGAUGUUGUAUUAGAAGAAAACACUCCUACUAAGAAAAAGAAAGAAGAUAUCAAGUUAAAUAUUUUGAAAAGAAAAUCUAAUGUUGAUUUAACAAAAGUUGAAAAUCUUUGGCUACUUUAUGAAGACCUUAAGAAGAAGAAAAUUGAGCUUGAAAAAAAGAAAAUUGAUGUGACUAAAGAAUUAUCAAAUUUAUUAAAAAAUUCACCGAAUGACAAAGAUAUAGAGAAAUUAAAAAUACAAAGUAGUUUAUUAAAAGAAAAUAUUAAGAAACUGAAGGUUCCAUUUUGGUCUGCAGAAGAAGCUGCAAUAGUUGAAUACUUGAAACUACCAAAUAACUUGCAUAUGCUUACCCCAAGUACAGAAAAUAAAUUGCUUUUUAAUUACAAAACUUCACCAAAUAAUAACAAAAAUCAUUUUACUAUUGGAACAGGUAAAGACCUGCUACAGUUCACUAGAAAAGAUAACUAUUAUUUAAAGGGUGAUGCUGCAGUAUUUGAGCUUGGAGCUAAGUUUUAUGUCAGUAACAUAUUAAAAGAUAAUGGCUUUACACAGUUUUCAAGUCCUGAUUUUGUAAAGAGUUUAAUUAUAGAAGGUUGUGGUGGAGAUCAUACAAACCCCAAUCAUACUUUUAUUUUACAUCACAAUGAAGACUCUAAAGUCAGUAUGGACAAUCGUUUGCAUUUAACUGGUGGUGGUUCUUUGUUAUCCUUUUUAGCAUAUUAUACUAAAAAUAUAUUAUAUGCUAAAGUAUUGCCUUUAAAAUAUUUUUCAUUAGGUAGACAAUACACUCCAGCAAAUUCUGAAGAAACCAGCUUAUUUAAUGUUAGCCAAUCAUCAGCUAUAACCACAUUUAUUGCAGUGAGAAAUGCAGAUGAAUGUGAUAUUAUGCUUGAGAAAAUAAUUGAAAUGACAAAAAUGAUGUACACUAAGCUUGGAUAUCCUUUCCGUUUAAGUGUUGUAACAGCUGAUAAAUUGCAAAUGUGGGAAUCAUUGAGAAUCUCUGUAGAAAUGUAUUCUUGUUCAAUGAAAUCAUUUAUAGAAAUUGGAAAUAUUUCUGUGAGUGGGGAUUUUUUAUGUAAAAGACUUAUGUUUAGUUACACAGAUGGAAAUCAAAACAAAUAUCCUCAUAUAUUAUCUGGUACAAUUUUAAAUGUACCUAAGUUUUUAGGUUGUGUUUUAGAGCAAGAUUAUGAUUUCUUUAUUCCUCCAGAGUUCAUGGUGGAGAAAUGGUACAUCAAGAAAUAA